AACAACUAGGCCACAGGUCUGACUGAUAAACAUACAUCCAAGAGCGUUAUUGUGGUAAUGAUAUUAACUUAAACGUUACGAAACCUCUAUUUUAUACAGUGUAACCGAUUGUGAAACAUGCGGCUAUUCGGACCAUGGAACGUGGUGGUGGUUGCUAUGGUUAUGCUAUGGCAACAUGAACGCGUGCGGGCACAGGAGGUCAGACCAGGACUAUGCAAAUCAUUCGCUACACAGCCUGAUUUUGAUCUUGAAAAGUACUCUGGUGCCUGGAACGAGAUAGAGAAGACGUUUUUCGCAGGUCAGAUGGAUAAGACGUGCACGAGAGCGGUGUACACACUGACGCCGGCAAUCGAGGUGUUUGUGCUCAAUGAGGACCUCAGGCCCGACGGAAGUAAGGAGAACACGACCGGAACUGCCUACUACAAGGACGCCAACGAUAGGUCCAAACUGACCGUUCAGCUUGGAACAUCACCGGAAGCCAAUUACUGGGUGGUUGAAACGGACUACGCCACGUGGUCGCUCGUGUACUCGUGCACAAACCUCGAGGGGUUUGCGCGCGCGGAGAUCUACUGGAUUCUCGCGCGUGGAACCAAUCUGCCCGAUGACGUCACUGAUAAAUUGAAGCAAGUCCUACAGGAUAAAGGUCUAAAGUUCGGAAAAUUCACGAAGACCGUUCAGGAAAAGUGCCCUUGGUGAUCGGAUCACGAGUGUUGACGUACAGCCGGGGUUGUGAUACAACUGACCACUAAUUACGCGCAUGUUUUAAAUUAGCAUGUGUCGUUCUUUAAAUACGGGUGUCGACUUUAAUGCUAAAUGGACUCAUCUUGUACAAGAGAAUUUAUACUUAGCUACCUUCUUUUGUAUUGUCUCAUAUGUACAUGUUCUGUUGCCAUAUUAAAAUACUCGUGGUUGUACAUGGAAAUAUUUUUUAAUAAAUAACAGCAUUAUUAUGUGAACUGCCAUCUGAUCUUCGUUUAUAUAAAUAAAACCUUAUUCUUUUA